AUGAGAUGGGAUUGCUAUCCUAGAGAAGGGUGGGAAACUGGUCUGCAGGAGGCAGUGGAGAAAUUGCAAGGCUGUUGUGUGGGGAGGGUGUUGUGGCGGGAGAGAUGCUGCAGAGUGUAUAGUAAGAAGUCAGUUGAAGUAAAGGAUCUAAUUGAUAAGCUGAGGCAUAUAAUGGAGGCGAUGGUGCUGGGCAAUCUGAAGUUCGGAUUAGCUGUAGAGAAGAGGAAACUUUGGUUCAUGUAA